AUGGCCGACGGUGGUGGAUGGAGCACCAUCGAGUCUGACGAGGGUGUUUUCACUUCGUUGAUUGAAAACCUGGGAGUGAAAGGUGUACAAUUCGAAGAACUCAUCUCUCUCGAUGCCGACACAAUACGCUCGCUGAGUCCCGUAUACGGCGUCAUCUUCCUUUUCAAAUGGAUUGGCGGACAGUCGCGCGAUAGCUCCGCACCGGUAGACGGCUCCUACGAUCAAACCGCCGCUGAUCAAGGGCUUUUUUUCGCGGCACAAACGAUUCAGAAUGCUUGCGGAACACAAGCGAUUCUCUCAGUUAUAUUAAACCAAGAUACCCCUGGUUCAGGCACCCCCGUCCCGAUCGACAUCGGAUCGGAGCUCUCUUCUUUCAAGACGUUCACCCAUGGCUUCCCAUCCGACCUCCUCGGUGAAGCGUUAUCGAACUCCGAAGCCAUCCGUACCGCGCACAACGCGUUUGCGCGCGCAAGCCCAUUCGUCGACGAGACACAGCGAACCGCACAGGACGAUGAAGGCGACGUCUAUCAUUUCAUCGCCUACACGCCCGUCAACGGAAAACUGUACGAAUUAGACGGUCUUCAGCCCUUCCCCAUCAGCCAUGGCGAGUGCGACAAUGAAACUUUCCCCGAAAAGGUCAUUGAAGUGCUUCAACGAAGAAUUGCGCGAUACCCGGCCGGCGAAGUGCGCUUCAAUUUGAUGGCGGCUGUGCGCGAUUUGCGCAUUCGUGCACAAGACAUCGGUGACGUGGAACUGCUGGAGCGCGAGAACGCGAAGAGACAAGCAUGGGCAUGGGAGAAUACGCUGCGCCGGUCGAAUUUUGUCGGGUUUAUCGGUGAGGUUGUAAAGAGUGUGGUGCAAAAGAAAGUCGCCGAAGGGAAAUACGAGGAGUGGGUUGAGAAUGCGAAGAAAGAGACCUUGCGAAGGGCUGAGGCGAGGAGCAAAGGGGGCUAUUGA